AUGCCUCCAGCAACCUACGCCAUCCUCGGCGCAACAGGCCAAACAGGCGGCUCAAUCCUCCAGGUCCUCGCCUCAGAGCGGCCCGACGUACCUGUCAACUGCCUGGUGCGAUCGAGGGCCAAGCUCGAGCGCAUGUACCCAGACAUCACGGCGCGGCAGCAACAGGCCUCCAAGCUACAGGUAUUCGAGGGCAACGUAUCAGAUAUUCCGCUCCUGACGGACUGCAUCCGCGGCACGAAGGCCGUAUUCCUGUGCGUGGCCAAACCGGACAACGAGCCGCACCUGCGCAUCGCGCGCGACCAGGCCGAGGCCGUCGUGGCGGCGCUGGACGCCCUGCGCACAGAACAGCAGCAGCAACAACAGCGGAUUUCGGGCGAGAAAGCCGACGGGACGGCGACGGAGACGAAGCUCCCCCUACUAGUGAUGCUCUCCUCAGCCGAGACGGACGAGGCACGCCUCUGCCGCGAGAUCCCCUGGGCGGUGCGGCGGGUGCUCUACACGGCUAACUGGUGGGUGUACACGGACCUGAUCGCGGCGGAGCGGUACCUGCGAGACCGCGCAGACUGGGUCGACGCCGUGUUCGUCAAGCCGGGCGGCAUCGCCAAGGAUGUCCGCCGCGGCCACGUGCUGAGCACCGAGACGUCGCAGACGUUUGUCAGCUUCCUGGACGUCGCGGGCGGCAUGGUGCAGUGCGCCGAGGAGGGCGCUGGGCAGUGGGCUGGCGAGAGCGUCAGCGUCUUGUCGCGCGGCAAUGCGAAGAUCGAGUGGUCCGCUCCUUACAUGCUGUUUAGAAACCUCCUAUGUAGCUUCAUCCCGUGGUUGCAUCCAUGGCUGUUUUGA